AUGGCAGUUGGAGCAGCGAAGCGACUUUACAUGACCACGGCCGUGUUUAUUGCGACCGCCAUUUCUUCUUUUCUUGGUCUACAGGUGGGUCAGUCGAUAGAUGGAGUCCAAAUAAUAACCAACGACCAAAUAAAGUUCACCGCUCAAGCCGAGCGGAGUUUGCCGCGGGCGAAGCGACCCACUCCUCCUCAUCUACGCCCGAGGGUUGAAAAAACAUGUCUGACGACGGCGAAGGCAGCGGCAGGAAGAGUAGCUACAAGUUUGAUUAUGCCAACAAUGCGCGGGCAAUGUGCAAAGCACAACAUGGAGUUUGCUGGGAAUGCGUCAUUGAGAAUGAGCGACGGACACUGCGACGCGCUAUUUUGUAGAAUCAUAGCAUUUAAGCCGCAGUGCAAAGUUUCUGUCUUACGGACUCGAUACUAUUCUCAUCUCAACCAAAACUUUGGCCGGAAUGUUGUGGGAUUGAAUGUGACUGACGCCCGUCUGCUUCCCGCUCUGCAGGUCCCAAACCAUGCCAGGUCUUACCGUCAUUACGGAUGCACUACCAAGAAGGUCUUCCAGAACAUGAAGGCGGCAUAUACCUCUGUAGACCAAAUUGAAGGCUUUAGUGACCUCAAUUCUGAUGAUCAAGACAAGGUUCGUGCAGCUUGGGAAGCGGAAGCUGUUGCAGCCGAGGACAUUCCCCCUACCGCUGUCGCUGGAGCUGAAGAUGAUGAAUCGGGACCUAAGAAGAAGCCUGGUCGUCCGAGAAAGAAGCAAAAGACUGACGAUGGUGACGAUGAUGAUGACGAGGAGGAAAAGCCCAAGAAGAAAAAGGCAGCUCCUCGUCGUAAGAAGAAGGCCGAUUCUGACGACGACGCUGACAUCUCCCCAUCUGAGGACGAUGCAGGAUCAGACUAUGGAUCUGGAAAGAAACGGAAGCGUGGAGGAGGCUCCAAGAAGAGCCCCAAGAAGAAGGGGAACAAGGACGACGAUGACUAUUAG